CGAAUUAGCACCACCGCUAGCCAGCUAGCCUAAGGAGGCUAACAUUUCUCCUACUUGCAAAAUUUAACCGACAACAAGCGAUUUUAUCUCCCGAUUCUACUGCACCAUUUUUGCUUUUAUUUUUUUUUUUCAAACGCACCAUUAUCAGACAAAAUGUUCCGAAGGGGAGACAGGGGUUCGUAAAAAAAAUGCGAUAUUUACCGGCUAUUCCAACAAACUGUGGUCGCUAACGGUGGCUGAUAGCUCUGGCAGUGUAGCAAGUGUGAGGCGACUGGCUAAAGGAACUGUUACUGUUAAGGCUGCUUCUCUGGUGAUCGACAAGUCUGCAUCAGCUUUAACAGAGAGCCAUUUCUGACUGGGGUCCUAUGAGGAAGCCACGCCGUAAAGGCCAAGCGGCCAGAGGGGGAGGCCAUCCACAUGGCAGGACAUCUAGUGGAGGGGCUGGCGGACGUGGGGGAGCUGGCGGGCGUGGGGGUGCUCGCCACCGAUCCCCGUCCCCUUACAGCCUCAAAGCCUCCCCAAACCGAGAGACUCUCACCUACGCACAAGCACAAAAAGUGGUGGAGGUGGAACUGGAGGGAAGACUUCACCGCAUCUCUAUUUUAGAGCCAUUAGAGGUCAUCACCGAGGACGAGAUGAUGGCCCAGGACAUAAGUGAGUGCAACAGCAACAAAGAGAACAAUGAACAGCCAGUGACCCAAGCAAGUGCAGCUCAAAAUGCUCGCAAAUCUUUAACGAGGAAGAGAAAGGACUCUAAAAGCACCCCUGUUAAAUCCCAGCCAUCAAAGAACCACUGUCCACAGACACCUGAAAAACCUCACCAUCAUCACAUGGCCCUCCCUGAGCCUAGAUUUCGUGUCCGGCACACUUUCACUCCUGCAGCAGCGCCGCCUCUUCCCACUGGGUACUACCGUUAUAUUGAGCGUUCAGCUGAGGAGCGAGAAACUGAAGCAGAGUAUGACAUGGACGAGGAAGAUGCGGCCUGGCUGGAAAUGGUCAAUUCAGAUCGGACUUCAGAAGGCUACUCGUCUGUAUCUCCGGACUCCUUUGAGCUGCUGAUAGAUAGACUUGAGGAAGAGGCGUACAGGGAAGCCCGUACCAGAGCCCCCUCUCAGAGUGCAAUAGACGAUGAUGCCUUUUGCUGUGUGUGCCUGGAUGACGAAUGCCUAAAUAGUAACGUCAUCCUGUUCUGUGAUUCAUGUAACUUAGCUGUGCAUCAGGAAUGUUAUGGAGUGCCCUAUAUCCCUGAGGGGCAGUGGCUGUGCCGGUGCUGCCUCCAGUCACCUCAAAAACCAGUAGACUGUGUGCUUUGUCCAAACAGGGGCGGAGCGUUCAAACAAACUAGUGAUGGGAGAUGGGCACAUGUAGUCUGUGCCAUUUGGAUUCCUGAAGUCUGUUUUGCUAAUACGGUGUUUUUGGAGCCAGUAGAAGGUGUAGCUAACAUUCCCCCUGCACGGUGGAAACUCACCUGCUACUUGUGCAAGCAAAAAGGCAGGGGGGCAUCCAUUCAGUGCAAUAAAGCCAACUGCUACACUGCGUUUCAUGUCACAUGUGCACAGAGGGCAGGGCUCUUCAUGAAGAUCGACCCUGUGAGUGUGACCAAUGUGAACGGGACAACAUACUCUGUGAAGAAGACUGCCUUCUGCGAAGUUCACUCUCCUCAGGGUGAUGUCACCUCCGAUGAUGAGACUGAAGGGAGAGUGGUGGGCAGUAGGGGCAGGGCCAGUAGGGGGCGCAGUGCAUACAAAGAGAUGCCAGUGACGCCAAAAAAAGGCCGCAAGUCAGAAGUCAUAGGCAAGAGUAACAAGAAGAAAGGGAAGAAGAGGACAGAGUCAAAGGCACAGCAGCCAUCAUCACCUGAAGUGACUGUUCCACACAUACCCACACAGAGACUUAAUGGCCUUUGUAAAGGAGUGAUCUUCCAGAGGAAAAGUCAAUUCAUGCAAAGCCUCCACAGUUACUGGUUAUUGAAGCGACAGUCGAGGAACGGCGUGCCAUUGGUCCGGCGUGUGCACUCAAGUCAGCAGUCCCAGAAGAACACUGAACAGCCUGAGGUGGAUGAGAAGGUGUCAGCUGCCAGAGAAGCUCUGAGGUACUGGCAGAAGCUCCGACACGACCUGGAAAAGGCCCGUCUGCUGGUGGAGCUCAUCCGCAAGAGGGAGAAACUCAAGAGAGAACAGGUCAAGGUUCAUCAGGCAACUUUGGAAAUGCAGCUGACGCCAAUGCUAAUGCUGCUUCGCUCCACACUGGACCAACUUCAGGAAAAGGACACUGCACAGAUCUUUGCUCAGCCCGUCAAUAUUAAAGAGGUGCCUGAUUACCUGGAGUUCAUCAGCCAGCCCAUGGACUUCUCCACAAUGCACUCAAAGUUACAUAACCACUUGUACUGUUCUGUGUCGGACCUGGAGGCGGACUUUAACCUAAUGGUGUCCAACUGCCUUUUGUACAACUCCAAGGAUACUGUGUUCCACCGGGCAGCGCUGCGCCUCAGGGAUCUGGGCGGAGCCAUUCUUCGGCACGCCCAGAGACAGGCAGCCAGCACCGGUCUGGACCUAGACACGGGCAUGCACCUCCCCGAGUCUCCGCAGAAACGAGACUUCUACAACUGCUCAUGGGAUGAUGUUGACAGUCUUUUGGACCCAGAGAACAGGCUUCACAUGAGUGUGGAGGAACAACUAAAGGAGCUGCUGGACAAGCUGGACUUUGUCACCUCCAUGCGCGGCAGCGGCGCACGGACUCGCCGCAUCCGAUUACUGCGAAGAGAGAUCAAUCUCAUCCGUCAUCGUCAGGGCCAACACCGCAACAGCCUCCACAACGGACACCUCAAAGAUGAGUCUGACGACGAGGAAGAGGACGGGGAAUCUCAGGGCGAGAACGGCCUCUCCUCAGACAAAGAAGACCUUAAAUUCACAUCCCCUCCGACACUCGAACCUACAGGACCGGCCCCUCCUCCGCGGCUGGGUGACGACUCUCUGGAGCCUCCCACCCUGAAGCCAAUUACACGAGAGCCCCCGCAGUCCCCGAGCUGGGCCUGUAAGCGCCUCAGGAUGGACAGUGACCCUCCAAGUGACCCUAUGAACUCCUCACAGGACAAUGUUUGCACUAAAGCACAAGAGCGCCCCCAAACCCCUCCCCCCACGUUACAUAAUGAGACAGUGACCAACGGGCUGCCACCCCUCACCACCUCUCCUCGGCCCACCACAGGGGGAGUGGGCAGGCGCACCUCUGUUUUGUUCAAAAAGGCCAAGAAUGGAGCCAAGCUGUUCAGAGAGAGAGACAAUCCUUUGCUGAACGGUAAAGGGCCUCAGGAAGAGAACUCCACGCCCAGUUCAGCAGCCAGCACUCCGUCUGCCACGCCCCUGACCACGCCCCUAACCACUCCCCUGUCCACGCCUCAGAAGAGCCCAGGACCCCCCAGCCUCAACACUCCUGACCUGAAGAGCCAUAAUGACCAGAGCAGUAACAAGGAGCAAGAGAAGACCCUCAACCACACUCAAGACACUGACCUGACCAAUGGCUUCAGCAAACUAAAAGAAGACAAGUCUGACUCUGAAGACUGCCCUUGUCCUAUCCUUCAAAAAGAAACUGCGUCUCCACCAAAGCGGAGUCUGGGAAAACCUGCUCUCUCCAAAGUCCCCUUACUGGAGAUUGUCAAUGGAGAUUCAGACUACACCGGUAAUGGCAGUCAGAUGUCGGACGAUGAGACCGAGCUGGAGCCCUUGGACCUGGUGUGGGCCAAGUCUCGAGGAUACCCCUCCUACCCCGCUCUGAUCAUUGACCCAGAGAUUCCAGAGGAGGGCCUGCUGCACAACGGGGUGCCCAUCCCUGUUCCACCCAAAGAGGUGCUGAAGCUGGGCGAGCAGAGGCAGGAGGAGACCGACCAACGACUUUACCUGGUGCUUUUCUUUGACAAUAAAAGGACAUGGCAGUGGCUCCCUCGGGACAAGGUGACACCUUUGGGCAUAGAUGACACCGCCGACAAGCUGCGCAUGAUGGAGGCGCGGAAAUCCAGUAUUCGCAAGUCUGUUCAAGUGGCCUAUGACCGGGCCAUGAUCCACCAGAGCAGAGUCAGCCACAGCCAGGGCUUUGUGGCCCCCAGCUACCUGUAGGGGGCGCCACUCUCACACUAUGCAUUUCCACUGAACUCCUCGGGGUGGACUGGCUUGUUUUUUUUUUUGUUUUUUUUUAAACAAACCACUAGUGUCUGGCACAGGACUGACGCAGCCUUCACACUCAGAAGGACAAGCUCUCAAUGAAAUCAAGUUCCCUUUAUUUCCUGCAGUCAAUAAAAGUAAUGAGUUUAAUUUUAUACAAAGCGACUGCUAUGAAAUUAAGUGUCACAAAAGAGAUUUAUAUGAGACUAUUGAAUGGAUCACUGCCAUCUUUUAUACAAUAGCUUUUUACUUUUUAAACUUUUACAGAAACCCUUGUAUAUUCUAGCUGCGUGUACAUAUGUAAGUGUAUUGUCAUAGCAAAUUUUAAAUUAAUGUUGUUUUUAAAAUUGCGUAUUUCAAUCAAGCCACCAGGCAAAGGAGAUGUGUAUAUUUGUGGAGGUAAAAUAAUUCCUGACUUGCUGCAUUGAUGUAUUUUAGCUGGUAUUUCAUGUACUAACAUUGUGCUGAGUGUAAAAUAUAGCACACAAUGUUCUUUAUAUUUGAAUUCUCUUUUGAUACAGAGAGAAAUAA